AUGAGCAACCCUUACUACACCCCCCAGGACCAUACCUACGUCCUUCAGCACGGCCAGGAUCCUCAAGCCCUUGCGCGCGCCGUUCAUCAGCAUGCUCAGCAGCAGGCCGACCAGGUCCAGGACGUGACCCUUCCGGGCUUGCACGGCGCGCCCAUGGUACAGCAGUUCGACCCUCAAUUGGUUCAUCAGCAGGCGCAUCAUGACGCGACGAACGGGCAUCUGGUCCACCACCCCGGCGUUCCGGGAGUUCCGCCGGGCUUCCCUCAGGGCCUUCCAGGAGGCAUCCCUACCGCCGCAGAGGUCCAAGCCCUUGCGCAAGCCGCCGGAGUUGCUGCCGCUUCACCUGGCCUCGACUGGGACCCGACAGGCAAGAACAAGAACGGUCGUCGCGGACGUCCCGCCGGUGCGCGCAAGGGCAUGAAGCGUGGACGGGAUGAGGAUUCGGAUGGUGAGAUCAAGGCCGACUUUGACAGCGACGACAGCGAUCUGGAGUACAACAUGGACGGAAUGAAGACCAAGUACGGACGUAAGGUGCAGAAGCCAUCGCAGUACAACCCCACCACCAAGACUCCCACGCGCCGAAGAGGACCCGGUCGUCGUUACCUCGACACCCUUUUCUGCACGUUCUGUCUGCGUGGUCAUUCACCCAAGUCCAACCGCAUCGUUUUCUGUGAUGGUUGCAACACGCCUUACCACCAGCUUUGUCACGUCCCUCAAAUUGACAGUUUGCUUAUCGACGUUGCUGAUGCAGAGUGGUACUGUACCGACUGUGACGCUCGAAGAGCGGAAAAUCCUCUGGUCACUGGUUUGUCUGGAAAGGAGCUCACGGACGAGGAGAAGAAGAUCUACUUGGCAUCCCUACCAACGGCUCACCUUGUCGAGCUUGUGCUCUUCAGUGAACGAUCGUUUCCCGAUGUGCCAAUCUACCCACCAAAUGUCAAGGACGUUCUCGCUGAAAUCGCAGCUGCCAAGGAGGCUGCGCUUCAAGCUGAGAAGGAAGCGGCCAGGGCAGCGGAACUGCCCGGCAAUAUUGGUGAGAUCCCAGCAGACUUGGAAGGUCCUGCCCAGAGUGCUCAGCCUGGCGUCGCUCUUCCUAGUUACGAGCAGAUGAUCGUGAGGGGUUUGGCCGAGAUCAAUGAGCCCAAGGGAACUCCACCGCGUGUUAUCUACAAGUGGAUGGAGACCAACUACCCUCUCGAGCCCAACUUCCGACAAACCGCGGCGCUUGUGUUGCAGAAGGCCGUCAAGAAGGGUCGGUUGGAAAAGGCUGGUCACUACUACAAGAUCAACCCCGAUUAUGUCCCAACAGAGGAAGACCUGGCUGCUGCUACCAAUGAUACCGCAACGCUUGCCGUUACUGUUGACGCGCCAGCAGAGCCUGCUGCUCCCGAGAUCCCACCGGACUUUACGCCUCAGCCUGGAGAGGGUAUUCAGAUCCCUGCUGACGAGGAGAACCUUCUCGUGGAUGACAGCACUGACGUGUUCAGUCACCGCGUGAACCCCGAAACUGAGAAGCCUGCCGAGGAUGCUGCCAUGGUCGAGGCCUCGCUUCCUGCGACGGAGGAGCCUGUCGCUGCUGCUGCUGUACCCGAAGUCCCUUCGGUCGAGGAGCCGCCGACGCUACCAGAAGAACUGACUGCUGAGAGCUUGAUGAACUAUGACGCUGAGAUGCAAGGAUAA